AUGCGUUAUUCCGUUUUUGUAGAGUUACCGCCUGUAGAUGAGUCUUUCAUGACAGAAAGCUCAUUGGCACAGCAGGUACUGGUGGAAUUCGCGGCAUUACGCCGUGCUGGAGAACCACAACCACCGCUUUGCUCAGUCUCUUCUGUACGAUUACAACAAACCAUUCGUCGACGUUAUCCUACGGCGUAUGAAAAAAUUAUUAAUGAAGGAACUUGGCGUGGUAAGUGGCAUCGCUUUGUGGAAACAGUUGCGGGUCUGCAUUGUUUUCAGUAUUCAACCUCUGAUUAUACUGCGGAACCCACACUAGAGAUUCAUAUUCCACCAACUGAGCUGCGUUGUUCUCUGCAAGGGGAAGACGGUAAUCUUGUUCGAAAGGCAGACGCUGUUCUUGGUGCAAUUUUGUGGGAAACACUUCUACAGUUUGAUGCGAUGCGUCAAUGGUGUGAAACGGUGGCUGCUGCUGCUGCAGAUGAUAAGAAUGAAAAGAUUUUUAAGCCUCGGUGGAUGCCGCUUAUUGAAGCCCCUUCUCUCGCAUACUUUCUUCAACAAUUGUCCUUGCCAAAGGGAAAGGGAUUCAUCAGUUCAAGUAUUCGACGUAAUGCUGUUCGUGAAGUUGUAUCCAUCUUAACAAGGGAAGACACUCUGGCGCAACAUGUUAGUAUAUCACAACUGCGUCGCUUUGUCACUUACACCCUUGGAGCUUGGAGAGCAGCGGAUGUUCCUAUGCAGAAGGAAAAUCCGGACACUCUCUCCUAUUAUGGCUGA